CUCGACUCUACUCGCACUUGAUUUCCCGUCAAUGUGGCGUCUGCUUGGAACAUCCCGGCUGUUCUUACUUCUUUCUACCUACUUCCGUGCAGGUCGGAAAAUAACUGACUUUACCUUGUCACCAAAUUCACAGGUCUCAAUCUCUGGCUGGGGACCUUGGGGCCUGCAGAACUUGCGCGUACUCGUAUUGCCGACUCGAGUCAUCUCGGAGCCAGCGGGGCGGCCCAGACGCCGGACCCAGCCUUAGCCCCAGCUAACCCAACUGGUAGCUAGAUACUAUCAAACAUUGCGGAUCGCUAAUCAAUUGACUUCAAUUUUCGUCAGCUUUAUGCAGGGUUGGUUGAUCUGAUCCUUCGAAGACAUCCUUGU